UGCAGGAGCAGCUCUCCCUCUCUCUCUCUCUCUGCUCUACCGGGAUGAACGUGCCUUUGUUUUCCUCCAUGAACCCGCAUCAGUCCCGCAGCUCCAUGUGUGGAUCCUGAACAGAUCCUCCUCUCUGCGGGCUGCUGGAGAAAAAACAUAAGAAGAAGAAGGAAAAAGAGGAGCUAUAACAGCAUACUUCAGCUCCAGAACCUGGAUGAAACCUUCUGUGGUUUAACUUUUUGAUUUUUCCUGCGCUGAAGCGAAGUUUGGCGCUAUGGCUCCUCUUCUCUGGAUGCUUUUCUUGUUUCCAGCUCUGAGAUGUAAAGCAGAUCCCGGACUGUCGGUGGAUUCAGACGCCAUCACUGAAGCUCAGAGUGGAUCUGCUCCUACAGCUGAAGGUAACUUCCUGGAGUUCCAGGAACCAGUCAACAACAUCACUCACUUCCAAGGUCAGACGGCGACGCUCCACUGUAAGGUGUCAGGAAACCCCCGGCCGACCAUCCGCUGGCUGAAGAAUGACGCCCCCGUGGUCCAGGAGCAGGGACGCAUCACUAUCCGCAAGACCGAGGCCGGGUCCAAGCUCCGGAUCCAGGACUUAGACACCACUGACACCGGCUACUACCAGUGUGUCGCCUCAAACUCGCUGAAAGUCAUCUCUGCUACUGGCGUGCUCUACGUCAAGCUGGGUCAGAUGCCCACGCACGGCCCCGAUGAAUUCUCCCGGGACAAAGGCUUCUGUCAGCCAUACAGAGGCAUCGCCUGCGCUCGCUUCCUCGGGAACCAGAGCAUCUACGUGGAGUCGCUGCAGAUGCAGGGCGAGAGUGAGAACCGCAUCACGGCUGCCUUGACCAUGAUCGGCACCUCCACCCACCUGUCCGAUCAGUGCUCCCGCUUCGCCAUCCCGUCCUUCUGCUACUACGUCUUCCCUCUAUGUGACGAAGGCUCCAGGAGCCCCCGUAAGCGUCAGCUCUGCAGGGACGAGUGCGAGGCCCUGGAGAAUGACCUGUGCCACGCCGAGUACACCAUCGCCCGGUCCAACCCCAUGAUCCUCAUGCAGCUGGAGCUGCCUAACUGCAACCUGCUGCCGCGACCAGGGACCAGCGAGGCCAUGUCCUGCAUGAGGAUCGGAGUCCCGCAGGAGAAACUUGGCCCAUACUCGCCGUCCGACCACAGCUGUUAUAAUGGGAGCGGGGCCGACUACAGAGGAACGGUCAGUGUCACUAAAUCAGGCCAUCACUGCCAGCCGUGGAGCGCUCAGUACCCCCACAGCCACCACAUGACCAAGGAACACCCCGAGCUGUGGGGGAGUCACAACUUCUGUCGUAACCCUGGAGGUCAGAUGGAGGCGCCAUGGUGCUUCACGCUGGACCCUCAUGUCAGAGUGGACCUGUGUGACAUCCAGCCCUGCAAGCCUCCAGACAACCCCAGGAAGGAGAUCCUGUUCAUUCUGAUUCCGGCGAUUGCGAUCCCGUUGGUCAUCGCCUGCCUCUUCUUCCUGGUUUGCAUGUGUCGUAACAAACAAAAGGAGUCGAUGGAUUCACCGCCUCGCUGCCAGAUGAGCGGCUCAGCCAAUCAGGACAUGGAGCUGUCUUUGCUGAGUCAGCAGAAACACCAGGCCAAGCUGCGGGAGAUUAACAUGUCUGCUGUGAGGUUUAUGGAGGAGCUGGGCGAGGACCGGUUUGGCAAGGUUUACAAGGGCCACCUGUACGGCACCGCACCUGGAGAGCAGGGCCAGGUGGUCACCAUCAAGACGUUAAAGGACAAAGUUGACUCCACGCUCUGCGAGGAAUUCAGACACGAAGCCAUGGUCCGCUUCCACCUGCAGCACCAGAAUAUCGUCUGCCUGCUGGGCGUGGUCACCAAAGAUCUUCCAAUGAGCAUGAUAUUCUCCUACUCCAGCCUCGGGGAUCUGCACGAGUACCUGGUGAUGCGCUCGCCAAAUUCAGACGUCGGCAGCUCGGAUGAUGACAAGACGGUGAAAUCCACGCUGGAGCAGGCUGACUUCCUCCAUGUCAUCACUCAGAUCGCUGCAGGGAUGGAGUACCUCUCCAGCCAGCAGGUGGUCCAUAAAGAUCUCGCCGCUAGAAAUAUUCUGGUCUUUGACAAACUCAGCGUCAAGAUCCUGGAUCUGGGACUGUUCAGGGAAGUCUACUCUGCCGACUACUACAAUCUCAUGGGGACAAGCCCCUUCCCCAUCCGCUGGAUGUCCCCAGAAGCUAUCAUGUACGGCAAGUUCUCCACCGACUCCGACAUCUGGUCUUAUGGCGUCCUCCUGUGGGAGACUUUCAGCUACGGUCUGCAGCCGUACUGCGGAUACUCCAACCAGGACGUGAUCGAGAUGGUGCAGAGCCACCAGCUGCUCCCGUCUCCGGAUGACUGCCCUGGCUGGAUCUACACCCUCAUGCUGGAGUGUUGGAGCGAGUUCCCAGCAAGAAGGCCUCGAUUCAAGGACAUCCACACCCGUCUGCGCUCCUGGGAGAGUCUGUCCAACUACAACAGCUCCGCUCAGACGUCUGGCACCAGCAACACCACCCAGACCAGCUCCCUCAGCACCAGCCCGGUAAGCAACAUCAGCAUGAGCACAGCCAAUGCAUCGCGCUACACGAGUCCGAAGAAGACCUCGCCGUUCCAUCAGCCCCAGUUCAUGCCCAUGAAGGGCCAAAUGCAUCGCUCAAUGGUGCCUCCACAGCUGUACAUCCCCGUCAACGGAUACCACCCCAUGCCAGCCUACCCCUACCUGCAGAACUUUUACCCCAUGCAAAUCCCCAUGCCCAUGCCCCAGCAGCAGAUGCACCACGCGCCACAGAUGGUCCCCAAAGCCGGCUCACACCACAGCGGCAGUGGAUCCACAUCUACGGGGUACGUCACCACUGCUCCUUCCAAUACCUCGGCCACAGAGCGAGCAGCUCUGCUAAACGAGGACUCCAAGGCCAAUGAGGAUGACAUGGCUGACAGGACGUCCCCGGAAGAGUUAGACCAACACAAGGACUCAUCAGUGCCUGAGACAGAGCUGCUAGGUGACAAUGAUCCUCCACAGACUGAUGAGCUGGUCAUUCACCUAUCAGACACAUAAGCAGGCCGCCUGAAGGACUGUAUGAACUAAUGUGAGCUGUGCAAGACGCGUCAAGUGAAGUGAGCACAGCACAGAGCAGUGACUGAAUGUUUUUGUACAAGUUUCUUAUUUAGUACUGACCCAUUUGAAUGUCAAAUGUCUCACUCUUGUACCUCUCAAACUCCGGUGCCAAUCAAUAAGCAAAACAGAUCAUGCAAUCCUGUGCAGAUGCAUCUUUGGUGUCAGUUUGGACUUCUCUGUUCUUGACGUUGCUGUGCAACACAAACACUUGAGGUUUCCUGGUCUUGAUGGAGUUGUUCCUCCUCUGAUCUCACGGCACAAAAAGCUGCAGCUUCAAAGUCCUUAAGUUUUUAGGAUUCACGUCCCUAACAUCCACCAUUUGAGCUAGAUGAACCCAGAGCUCAGGUUUCUGUCCUGCUAGGUUUGCAGCUUGAGCCUGAACCGGAGUGGCAAUGAUGAUCCACAGACUGAUGAAGCAGCGAAUCAUUAGUUUUGGGUGCACUCACACCAGAGCCAGUCGCCCCAUACUAGUGCUGAAGUCCAGAAUCUCCUGCUGAUCUACAUUUACAACUUGCAAGAAGCAUGCUCUCACAGUCUGCUCAUUGGAGAAACUGGCAGAAAUCAUGUCACUGACUUUGUGGUUCCCUUUGAGUCUUUCUGGCCCAGUAUGACCUUCUUCCUCUCCACCUUAGACAGAGAUGAUUGUCUAGAGGAGUGGUCAUUUUGUUUAUGCUUCACGUCCAUGCUGUUCCACCUGUGCUUGUGCACAAGCAGUUUUACCGUGCCGAAGCCCACCUGUUCCGCCUGUGUCAUGGCCAAGGAAGUGUUUCAUGCUGGAGCACAGGAUGGAGCACUCACAUUGGUCAAACGUGGGCUUUGGUGGUCAGGUGUGCAGUACGGAUGGCCUGGUGUGAGUGCACCCUUUUAGACUGUGCAGAAAUACUUCAGUAAGAGUGCAAAUGUGCAAAGUAGUGACUGAAAAUUUUUGGACAAGUUUCUAGAUAAUGAGUGCAUUUGAUUGUUAAAUGUUUCUGCAGUGUGUACCUCUGAAACCCCGUGUCGCUGAGACUUUUUACAUUUUACAUCAACAUGCAUGCUGAAUAACAGGAUAGCAUGCUGGCUGCACAUUUGUAGCUGCAUUUACACUUUGCAUCAACAAUGUUCAGUGAUGGCCUGAUAUCAGCAUUGCAUUUCCUGCCUCUCUUGCCAACACCAGCCCGUACAUCCUUUCUGCAGCUCUCAGGCUUAUCACAGUCUGUCUAUGUCAGCCCAGCUUGACUGGUCACCAGUCCUCUUGUGUCAAUUUGUCAUUUGAGUCCAAUCAGAGGUUUAUUCACUAAAUAGUAUAUCACAACAUCCUUUAAAGUAUGAGAAAGAAAGCUAUAGAGGUACUGCUAGGCUCUUAGCAUAGCUUGGUAUCCCUGCAUGCAGUGUGCAGUGAAGCUGCUGGUGAUAAGAAUGAAUGGGGAUGAAUUAGCCACAAGCUAAUUGCUAGCAGUGCCUCUUUAACAGCUUUUCUUCCUCAUUCUGUCCUAAAUAAAGCACAUGUGAAUGUACUGUUUAGACUGAGAGGACAAUUCACAAGACAAGUUACGAGGGAGUGGUGAUGUUUCGUUCAUGGAUGAGCCGAUUCAAAGAGCUGACUCCUUCUGUGAGUGACAGGAGUCCGCUCAAAUUUGAGAGACAGCUUCCUUUUUAUUUUUAUUGUUGAUUCAAAGACUAAAAAAAAGGAAAAUGGUACCAAAUGAAGAGCCAUUUGGGAGCUGACAGACCGGCCUUUAUUACUGAACUGAGACAAGUAAUCCAGAUCUCUAAAAAGAUCCCAUCACUCUGAGCGAGGCUGGGCGGGCAUAAAUAACGGCGUGCUUUUGUUUACUAGCAGAUUACAGCAGAUCACGUCAGCUGACGGCUCUUUAAUGUAUGUCAGUACAUCUACACAGCCAAUCCAGUCCAGAUGAAGACCUCCCAGACCAGAUCCCUCUGCAGCCCAGCUGACAGACAUCAAACCGUUCCUGAUAUGCAUUUAGGUGCGUCCACAUAAAACAUUAAGGAUUGCCGCUUGGAUGUUAAUGAGCGGUGUAAACGAGAACUUCCUGAAGAGAACUUCCUGUCCAGUCUUAAAACUGAGACGGUUGACUGUGUGCUAGAGACGAUGCUACCAGAACCCUGAGCAGAACCCAAGUCCUGAUGAUGUUGGAUGAGGGUUUUGGUGGAACUCUCAGUGACCGUUUUCAGUAGUUGUCGAGGGUAUUAUCCUCUGGUUUGUAAAGCCACACCCACAGAAUAACGGCGUAUCUGUGGUGGAUUUUUGAGUCCAAAGCUCUGUGGUUUCUUCUGCUAACAGUCGAACCCCCUGAGGUUUUUCUUUCUGAUGUUGAUGACGGUCACAUGACUUUUGAUAACCAGGAUGUAGAUUUGUAAUUUAUGUACUUUGGUUUAAAUGUCUUCCUUGUUUAUAACUGGUUUUAAUUCUGUUCUCCACCAUGUGUCUUCUGUUUAAGCAGAUGUUUGCUCACCAUGUAAUGUUCUCAUAGAGUCAUAUGAAUAAAACGGGGAGAAGAGAAGGAAAGGAUGUUCUCUGACCUGAUUCCUC